UCACGAACAUAAUAAUGAAAAGUUUUUAGCAACGACUUGAACCAUCUUAUAAGCGCAAUCUAUUUCACUAUGUUCAUGACAAUUCUUGAAGAUUUUCAAAUUUGAACGUUAACAUUGAACGAAUCAAUAGACUGUCAGAGAAUUUCUUUCGAAUGAUGUAGUUCGUUGUUUUCAUUUAUUUAUAACAUUAUCCAUCAAAAAUAACAUUUAAUUUAAUCUUAUUCAGAUAUAGAAAAAUAAAAAGAUAUUAAAGAUUAUUCUAAUAAUUAAUAACAAUAAUUUAUAAUCUCAUAAUGUCAACCCCGCCAAAAUCUUCUAAUGCUGAAUUGGAUAAAACAUUAUUGUGCACUCCUUUGCCAAAGGCUUCGUCAACAGUACAGAGAAAGUCUACACUUAAAGAGAAAUAUCUUGACGUGACAUACAUGGAUGAGAAUUUUGUUAGACCGUCUUUAACUGGGACUAAUAUGUUAUUAAAGUCAGAUGAUUCUUCAUUAGGUAUUCUUAACAAUAUAUCAAAUUUAUUAGAAGAAACAAGUGAAAUAAACGAUCAAGUGAAAGAAGAAUCCAAUAAAUUAGAUGCUGAGCAAGAACGCGCUAGGUUGUUACUUAGAAAAUGUAGCAAUAUUAAAAGUUCAAUAUCUUCUUCUGAUUCUAUAAAUAAAGAGGAUGAUGUUAAUAUUGAAACUAUAAGAGAUUACGUUAAUUCUUCAGAUCAAAUGGAUGUUAAUUCUUUUAAGUAUAAUAUUGAUAAUAAGUUAAAACAACAGGAUACUUUACAUUCAAAAUAUUCGAAUAGUGAUAGUAUUGUAUUUAAGUUGGAUGAAAUAACGGCUCGUUCAUCAGAGAUGAUUAAAAAUGAUAAAUCUGAAUAUUUUUUGUCGCCAAAGAGUAUAGGAGGAGGAAUUAGUUUUGAUACAAUUUUAGCGGAGCAACAGGCAGCUCAAUUUAAAGAUGAACAGUUUUAUUCUAUCUCUCAAAUAAACAGUCAAUUAUUAACUGAUGAACCUUCUUGGAAACAGAACUGUACUUACAGUGCUCCUUUGGCAACUAAUUUGGCAAAAAAUCAUUUAAAUUUGUCAAGUUUUUCUGGUAUUAUUGGAGAAUUGGAUGUAUCCGUGGAAUCUAGUAGUGGACGUAAAGUAUCUAUCGGUGAAUUUUUCAAAAGAAAAAGUGAAAAUACUGGAAACUUGUCAAACAGUAAUAAGGAAAAACCACUUUUAGGAAUACCUGUUAAAAGUCCUCCAAAGAAAAGACAAUUAAUACCUUUAAUCGAUUCAACCAUUGUAGAUGGAUCAUCCACGACGUUUAAAGAAAAGGACCAAAUUCCUACAAAUGUGACACAAAGUAUCGAAGAUCACAGUAUUAUGAGUUUAAGUAGUAUUGCUAAAGCAUUAGAAGACCUUGACAGUUGUACUCCACGACGAUUAGUAGAUCAACUUAUAAUGGCCAAAAAGAAAAGGAAAGAGUUAGAAAGAAAUAAUGACCAAGGCAACAACAACAACAACACGUAUAUGCUUUCAUCUUCAGACAGACGAUCUAUGCCUGCUACUCCAAGUACUCUUAAAAUUAAAGACAAUAAUAUGUCAUCUAAACUUUCAUUAGAUAGUAAAACCAUUACCGAAACAUUUGAGACUAAACCAAUUUUGCCAAGAAUGUUAUCAUUUACAUCUAAUUUAGAUUUACAUACUAAAGAUAUUUUGGAAGAUGUUCCUCAAAUAAUAUCAUUUAAAAAGGAAGAAGAAAGUUCCACGAAUCUUCAACAGAAAUUAGAUACUGAUGAAGCUCAAUUAAAGGAUAUGCACUCAACUUUAAAAGAUAACAUAUUAUCUCUAUCUAAAAUAAAAUCGAAUAAAUCAGGAAUGGAAAGAAAUGAAGCAUUCAAACUAGAAAAUAUUUCACAUAUAUCUAAGGCGGACUGUAGCGUUCAACAAUUAUUAACUAAUGAACGUUCAAGUUUAGAAACAUCUCAAUUACAAGAUAUCAUUCAUAUCAAAAAUGGUCAACAAAUUUGUUGUUGUAUUGUUGGUAUGUUAAGAGAAGCGGAUAUCGAAUUAACGAAUACAGGAGAUAAAUGGAUUAUUUGCUUAUUUAGUGCAUUUCAAUUACAAGGAGAUAAGCAAAAUAUAAUACUUCAUUUACCUCAAGAUAAAAUCCUAAUAGAACCAAAUUCAACUCGAUCCAUUAAGAUUGGUAUAAAAGUAACAAAGAAGACUAAUAAUCCUGUGAUAGUAAUAUUACAUAUAAUAAUAACGGAUAUGGUAACAAGAAAAGAAUCAAUAAUUAAACACAUGAUCUAUGUUGAAUCAGAGGAACUUCAAGUAAAUGUAUUAACACCUAAUGAAGAACUUGACUUUGGUAGCAUUGUUGAGAAUACUAUCAAAACUUUAUCCAUUAAAUUACAAAAUAAAAAUAAUAUGAUUCUACCUAUAACACUUUCUGUUGUACACGAUGGUCCCAAAAUUUUUAGCAUUAAUAACUUACAAGAUGAUUUGACACAUGAACUUAAACCUUGUGAACAAUUUACUGCAGUUGUACAAUGUGAAGGGACCUCGUCAUUGCUAAGUUCAGAAUUAUUGCAAAAUCAAUUGGUCAGUGUAAAAGCAAAACUAUUAAUACAAGCAAAUAACAAAAAAGAUGAUACUGUAAUAAUCAAAGAAAUACCACUGUUUGUUAAAAUAGGCCAAUGUAAAAUACAACUCGUUGAUACAGAAUUACCUUUAGAAAUUCCCACGAAAAAAAUGAAAUAUGUUACUAUUAUUAAUUUAGGAAAAUUGCCUAUUCUAAUAACAGCAUCUAUAAUACAAGAUGAACAGUUCUCAAAUCAUGUUGAAGAUUUUUCUGUUAAACCUGAAAGUUUAAUGUUAUUACAUAAUGCAACAGAUAAAUUUUUAAUAACAUUUAAGCCACGUCAAAAUGAUAAUCGUGAUAGACACGUUAAAAUUAAGUUAACUAUUGGUAAUAAUAUUUAUUAUUAUUCUGUAAUUGGAAAACAAAAUCUACCAACAGAAGUAGAACACGAAAAUCAUUUACGCUGUGAAACACCACAACAAUUGUAUAAUGCUAUCUCUCCGAAUUCACCACAAAGUGUAAAAUCCAACAGAUCUGGAAGAAAUUCUCCAAUUAGUUCAGUGUCUGGUUCAACUGUUGCUGGAGAUCAAAUUCCUAUUAAAUCAACACACGCUGCUUUGGUAUGGGGUUCUAUAAAACCAAAUAAAAGUAAUAUUAAAGAAUUCACCAUUCGUAAUAUGAGCGAGAACAGAAUAAAACUUCAAGUUCAGAUAUUCGAUAAUAAUAAUAGUUUUCUAUUUCUUAAAGAUCAUCAAAUAACAAGUCCAAAUAUUGUGCUAUUAUUGCAUCGCAUGGAAAGUAGAACACUUUCAGUCGCAUUUUGUCCACGUCAUAUUGGUGCAGCUACUGGAAGGAUUGUUUUCAGUCAUUAUGAGAUUAAAAAAGAAGAAAAUAAUAAAUCACGUCCUACGAAAGCAAUAUUUUUAUAUGGUUAUGGUGGUUUCAGUCGAGUUAUUUUAUCUAAUAUAGUAAAAGAUAUUGGUGAGAAAAUGUUGUUGCCUCUUGGCAAAUUGAAUUCUGACGGAAUAUUAAAUGCUAAUAUUAAAUUAGAGAAUAUUGGUGAUCUUUGUUCGUAUGCUAAAGUCAAAUUAACGCCUAAAGCUAUUUAUCCUUCAAUGCUUUCCAGUUGGAAAAUAAGUCCAACAGAAUUGUUAUUGGAACCAAAAGAAACUCAAUGGAUUACAUUACAAUUUCAACCAAAAAAGGAAGACUUAGUACUAUUGCGACAACGUUCCAACGUAUGCCAUGUGGGCACUAUAAAUAUUAUCUAUGGGGAUGAACCGACACGUUGGCGAAUACGUCGGUUGUAUAGUAAAAUUAAAAGUGCAAGUGAUUUAAAUGGUGGUGAAAGUGAACCAUUUAGAAAUAUAGUUUAUCCGCUCUGCAAGAUAUUUCCUGGUGAACAAAUGAUGUCGGAUUUAAAUUUAAUUAAAGAUUCAAUACACAAUCUUAGCGAUUUGUGUCAUGGAGUGCGUCAACAUGAAAUAAUGUUAACUGUGGAGACCAAUGCAGAUGAAUCAAUGUCUAUGAUGCAUGAUAAUGCAGAUGAAUCACAGUUAUAUUAUUCUCUUUGUAGCGAUAACAGUCAUAUUUAUGAAUCAAGUGGAAAAAGCUUUUUACCUUUGGAGACAAUAAUAGGAGACCAUGGAAUAAAUGAUGAAUGUCAACAACAACAACAACAACAACAACAUAUGUACGAUGAUUAUUUUACGGUAUCUCCUGAUGUUGUUAGCCUAAUUCCUUCAAUAAAAAAUGAAGCAGUUGUGACCAUUUUAAGUUCUAACAGAGUAGCACAACCAUAUGAAACUGUUUUGUCUAACACUGAUGUACUUAGUAUACUUCCAGCAGAAGGUAUGAUACCAGCUGGUAAAGGAUUUCCUUUAAGAAUAAAAUGCAAGCAAAAAGUUCAACGUAGUUUGGAAGCUACAUUAGAAAUAUAUACUGAAAAUCACAGACGAGAUGUAAAGAUAAAAGUAGCCGUUGUACGUUAAAUUUGUGUCUUAUCUUAGCUAUAAUUAAAACAUUUAAUGUACAGAAUUAUAAAUAUACACACAAGUAUUUUAUAAAAAA